UUCACCCGAGGGCAAAGGGCUGAAAGUUCUGGCCUGGACAUCGGGCUUGUGCACACCAGGCAGCAUGUCGGGGCCUCAGUGGGGGUCGCUGGAGCAAUGCUUGGAGCAGCACCUGCCGCCCGCAGACCUUCGGGAGGUGAAACGUAUACUCUAUGGCAAGGAGACCAGGAAGCUCAACCUGCCCAGUGUGGCACUGGACGAGGCCUCUGCAGGGGACUUUGAACUGCAGGGGUAUGCCUUUGAGGCAGCCAGAGAGCAGCUGAGACAGCCACGCACCGUGCGCGUGGGGCUGGUGCAGAACAGGACCCCGCUUCCCGCGGAUGCUCCGGUGGCUGACCAGGUCUCCGCCCUUCACAGACGAAUUGAGGCCAUCACAGAGGUGGCAGCCAUGUGUGGAGUCAACAUCAUCUGUUUCCAGGAAGCUUGGACUAUGCCCUUUGCUUUCUGUACGAGAGAGAAGCUUCCGUGGACAGAAUUUGCUGAGUCCGCGGAGGACGGGCCCACCACCAGAUUCUGUCAGAAGCUGGCCAAGAAACAUGACAUGGUGGUGGUGUCGCCCAUCCUGGAGCGGGACUUCGUGCAUGGGGAUGUCCUGUGGAACACAGCUGUGGUGGUCUCCAACUCGGGCGCUGUCUUGGGGAAGACAAGGAAGAACCACAUCCCCAGAGUGGGUGACUUCAAUGAGUCCACUUACUACAUGGAGGGCAACCUGGGCCACCCCGUGUUCCAGACCCAGUUCGGGAGGAUUGCUGUGAACAUCUGCUACGGGCGGCACCACCCCCUCAAUUGGCUCAUGUACAGUGUCAACGGGGCAGAGAUCAUCUUCAACCCCUCAGCCACCAUUGGAACACUCAGUGAGUCCCUGUGGCCCAUUGAGGCUAGAAAUGCAGCCAUUGCCAAUCACUGCUUUACGUGUGCCAUCAACCGCGUGGGCGAGGAGCACUUCCCCAAUGAGUUCACCUCUGGAGAUGGGAAGAAAGCACAUCAGGACUUUGGUUACUUCUAUGGCUCCAGCUACGUGGCAGCUCCAGACAGCAGCCGGACCCCCGGGCUCUCCCGGAACCGGGAUGGGCUGCUGGUAGCUGAGCUCGACCUUAACCUGUGCCGGCAGAUGAACGACACCUGGAACUUCAAGAUGACGGGCAGGUAUGAGAUGUACGCACGGGAGCUUACAGCAGCUGUCAAGCCCAACUACAGCCCCAAUAUCGUGCAAGAGUUGCUGACCGUUAGCCCCAGCCCACCCAGGGAGGGCACCUCUGCCCUUAGCAGAUUAGCAAGUGAGAUGAGCUUAAUGGAUCCAAGUUCUCCCUAAAGAUGGCACCAUUCAGUUGAGUUCAAAAUGCCCAGCCUGGGGAAGAAGGGAUGGGGAACAACUGCUUCACGGGCACAGGGUCUUCUUGUGGGGUGAUAGAAAUGUUUUGGAACUCGAUAGAAGUGAUGGUUGCACAUUGUGAAUGUCUAAAUGCCACUAAAUUGUAUGCUUUAAAAUGGUUCAUUUUAUGUUACCCGAAUUUCACCACAAUUGAAAAGAAAUUUCCAGGCACUGCUUUUGUAGGUUGACUUGGUCAGACAGCUGGCACACUCCCUGCCCAAGGUAACUCACUGUUGGCUCCUCGAGGGCCACCCAGGGGUCUGUACCCAAGUGGAAAGAGAGUGAGGCUGGUCGAGUCACCGAGCUACCAGAUGGCAUGGGCAGGUGGGACGGUCUUCUCAUGUGUCCAUUUGGCUUGGCUAUAGCCCCUAGUCAUUUAAACACUAACUUAGGUGCUGCUCUGAAGGUGUUUGGUAGUUGUGACUCAAAUCCAUAACCAGUUGAUGUUACCCAAAGACCCACUGCCAUCAAGUCGAUUCCAACUCAUAGCGACCCUAUAGGACAGAGUAGAAUUGCCCCGUAGAGUUUCCAAGGAGCACCUGGCGGAUUCCAACUGCCAGCCUUUUGGUUAGCAGUCAUAGCACUUAGCCACUACACCACCAGGGUUUCCAUUUGAUGUUAAGGAAGGGAAGUUAUCCUAGAUCAUCUGGGUAGACUUUUAUUCAAUUAGUUGAAAGGCCUUAAGAACAGAGCUGAGGCUUCCCUGAUGAAGAGGGAGCUCCACCUGCGGGGCAGCAGCAGCAGUGUCUCAGAGUUCCAGCCUAGCUUCCUGAGGGCCUCCCUGCCUGCCAUGUCAAGCCUGCUAGCGGCCCCAGUCACAUAAGUCAAUUCCUUGGGAUAAGUCUUUACAUAUAUACAUAUAUUCACAUUAAAGACCACUACCGUCAAGUCAAUUUUGACUCAGAGUGACAUUACAGCACAGAGUAGAACUGCCUCCAUAGGGUUUUCAAGGCUGUUAAUAUUUACAGAAGCCGACUGCCACAUCUUUCUCCCAUGGAGCAGCUGGUGGGUUCCAACUGCUGACCUUUUGGUUCACAGCCAGGCGCUUCAACCACAGCACAACCAGGGCUCCACAUUACCACCAUGUCUGUGUGUAUAUAUACACAUCGCCACCAUACAUGUGGUAUACAUAUACAUGUCACCACAACAGGAAAUCUCAAUUCCUUGAUUCCCAGACUUCAGCCAGUUUACAGACCCAUAGCCCCUUGAUUAAGGGGAAGCUGGGUGCCCUUAAGGAAGGACAACACGGCCAGAAAUUUAUACUGUGAAUCUUCCAGCCUCCCAAAGGGGCCAAUGGCCAUUUACCAGGGUGACUGUGUACUGAGGAAAGGGAAUAAUCAGGCUUUUCAGGGAUUACUGGAUACUGGCUCUGAACUGACGCUAAUCCCAGAAGACCCAAAAUGUUAUUGGUCCAUUAGUCAAGAGUAGAGGCGUGUGGAGGUCAGGUUACCAAUGCAGUCUUACCUUAGGUCCAUCUCACAGUGGGUCCAGUGGGUCCCUGAUUUCAUCAUGUGGUUAUUUUCCCAGUCCUGGCUGCAUAAUUGGAAUAGACAUACUCAGUAAUUGGCAGAAUCCCCUCAUUGGUUACCUUACCUGUGGAGCGAGGGCUAUUAUGGUAGGAAGGGCCAAGUAGAACCCACUAGAACUGACUCCACCUCCAAAGAUAGUAAACCAAAAGCAAUACCACAUUCUUGGACAGAUUGCAGAGAUUAGCACCACCAUCGAGGACUUGAAGGAUGCAGGGGUGGUAAUUUCUACGAUAUCCCCGUUCAUCUCACCUGUCUGGCCUGUGCAGAAAACAGAUGGAUCCUGGAGAAUGAUAGUGGAUUAUGACAAACUUAACUAGGUGGUGACUCCAGUUGCAGCUGUUAUUCCAGAUGUGGUUUCAUCGCUUGGGCAAAUUAACACAUCCCCUGGUACCUGGUAUUAUGCAGCUAUUGAUCUGGCCAGUGCCUUUUUCUCCAUCCCAGUUUCUAAAGACCACCAGAAGCAGUCUGUUUUCAGCUGGCAAGGCCAGCAAUACACCCACUUUCACUGUCCUACCUCAGGAGGACAUAAUUUAGUCCACAGAGACCUUGAUUACCAUCCCCUUCCACACAACGUCACAAUGGUCCAUUACACUGAUGAUAUUACACCAAUUGAAAAGGCUCUGUAACAGGUCCAGGCUGUUGCGCAAGCUGCUCUGCCACUUGGGUCAUAUGAUCUGGCUGAUUCAGCGAUGCUUGAAGUGUCAGUGGCAGAUAGAUAUGCUCUUUGGCGUCUUCGGCAGGCCUCUAUUGGAGAGUCACAGCACAGACCCUUUGGACUUUGGAGCAAGGCCCUGUCAUCCUCUACAGAUAACCACUGUCCUUUUGAGAAACUACAUUUUUGUCUGGUUACUGGGCCUUAGUAUAGACUGACCAUUUAACCAUGGGCCACCAAAUUACAUUGUGACCUAAGCUGCCCAUCAUGAACUGGGUGUUGUCUGACCCACAAAGUCAUAAAGUUGGACAUACACAGCAGCGGUCCACCAUCAAAUGGAAGAUGGUAUAUACAAGAUCAGGCCCUGAAGACACAAGUAAGUUCUAUUAGGAAGUGGGCCAAAUGCCCAUGGCCCCUACUCCUCCUACAUUACCUUUUCUCCCCUAGCCUGCACCUGUGGCCUCAUGGGAAGUUCCCUACGACUAGUUGACUGAUCAAGAGAAAACAAGGGACUGAUUUACAGAUGGUUCUACACAGUAUGCAGACAUCACCUGCAUACUGGAAAGCCGCAGCACUGCAGCCCCUUUCUGUUGCAUCCCUGAAGGACAGUAGUGAAGGGAUGUCCUCCCAGUGGACAGAACUUUGAGCAGUGCAUCUGCUUGUUCAUUUUUCCUGGAAGGUGAAAUGGGUGGUAGAAUUCUCACCUUCCACGCAGGAGACCUGGGUUGGAUUCCCAGCCAAUGCACGUCAUGCACAGCCACUACCUGUCAGUGGAGGCUUAUGUGUUGCUGUGAUGCUGAACAGGUUUCAGUGGAGUUUCCAGACUAAGAUUAGGAAGACGGGCCUGGCAAUCUCCUUCUGAAAAUCAACCAAUGAAAACCCUGUGAGUUCGAUCUGCAACAGAUCGUGGACAUUUGGUUCCAUUGUGCCUGGGGUUGCUGUGAGUCGGGAGCUGACUCAAUGGCAGCUAACAACAACAAGAGUCUAUAUCAAUUAAUGGGCUACGGCCAAUGGUUUGGCUGGAUGAUCAGAGUUUGGAAGGAACAUGAUUGGAAAAUUGGUGACAAGGAGGUCUCGGGAAGAGAGAUGCAGAUAUCUCUUUGGGCAAAGAAUGUGAAGAUAUCUGUGUCCCCUGUGAAUGUUCACCAGAGGGUGACCUCAGAAGAGGAGGAUUUUAAUUAUCAGGUGGAUAGGAUGACUCAUUCCGUAGGUAACAGUCAGCUUCCUUCCCCAGACACUCUGUCAUUGCCUGAUGGGCUCAUGAACAGAGUGGUCACGGAACAGGGGUGGAGCUUAUGCAUGGCUCAACUACAUGGGCUUGCUCUCACCAAGCCCAGUUUGACUACAGUCGCUGCUGAUUGCUCAAUCUGCUAGUAGCAGAGACCAACACUGGGCGCUCGAUAUGGCACCACUCCCCAGGGUAAUCAGCCAGAUACCUGGUAGCAGGUUGCUUGUAUUGGACAGCUUCCAUCUUGAGAGGAGCAACAUUUCAUUCUUACUAGAAUAGACACUUACUUUCCCUGAACACAGUGAUUCUGCCAAAACUUCAGUCCUUGGACUUACAGAAUGCUCUAUCCAGCAGAAUGCUGUAUUCCACACAGCAUUGCCUCAGGUCAACAAACUCACUCCACAGCAAAUGAAAUUCAGCAACGGGCCCACAUUUAUGGAAUUCAUAGGUCUCACCAUGUUCCCAAUCAUGCUGAAGCAGCUGGCUUGAUAGAAUGGUGCAAUGGCCAUUUGCCGUGUGAUAGAUCACUGUUGUGUGUGGCCUUUCUAGCCAUGGUCUUGUAACUCGUACCCAGGUGAUUGGGUGGGAAUGUGUGAUAGGGUAACUGUAGCCCACCAAGGGGAUUGGUCAGUUUUGCCAUCCAUCUGGGCUUGAAAUAAGUCACCCCAGAGGUGGGAGAGAGAAGAGCCCACCACCACCAAGGAAAGAGAGACUGGCAGCAGAGACCUGGCAGUAGGAGAUAGCACGGUAGGCUUUCCGGCCAACGGAGAGAGAAAGCUAAGUGACUUUGGGCAAAGACUGAGGGCCAGGGAGAGUUAUACCUCCGAGCACAGCUGGAAAGAGGCUGCCCUGAUGGAAGAACUCUAUUCUAUCUGGCGAGGUCCAUGUGUAUAGUCGCCAUUCAUGUUGGUAAAAAAAGGUAUUUGCAAUGAAGAAGUCGUUGGUCUUGCAAAAUUCUAUCAUUUGAUCUCCAGCAUUGUUUCUAUCACCAAGGCUAUAUUUUGCAAUUAAUGAUCCUUCUUUGUUUUCAACUUUUGCAUUGCAAUCACCAGUAAUUAUCAAUGCAUUCUGAUUGCAUGUUUGAUCAAUUUCAGACCACAGAAACUGAUAAAAAUCUUCAGGUUCUUCAUCUUUGGCCUUAGUGGUUGGUGCAUAAAUUUGAAUACUAGUCUUAUUAGCUGGGCUUCCUUGUAGGCAUAUGGAUAUUAUUCUAUCAGUGACAGCGUUGUACUUCAGGAUAGAUCUUGAAAUGUUCUUCUGGACGAUGAAUGCAUCACCAUUCCUCUUCAAGUUGUCAUUCCUGGCAUAGUAGACUAUAUGAUUGUCUGGUUCAAAAUAUCCAACACCAGUCCAUUUCAGCUCACUAAUGCCUAGGAUAUCAAUGUUUAUGCAUUCUAUUUCAUUUUUGACAACUUCCAAUUUUCCUAGGUUGAUACUUCGUACAUUCCAGGUUCCUAUUAUUAAUGGAUGUUUUUAGCUGUUUCUUCUCAUUUUGAGUUGUGCCACAUCAGCAAAUGAAGGUCCCGAAAGCAUGACUUCAUCCACAUCAUUAAGGUCGACUCUACUUUGAGGAGGCAGCUCUUCCCCAGUCAUCUUUUGAGUGCCUUCCAACCUGGGGGGCUCAUCUCCUGGCACUAUAUCAGACAGUGUUCCACUGCUAUUCAUAAGGUGUUCACUGGAUAAUGCUUUUCAGAAGUAGACUGCCAGGUCCUUCUGCCUAGUUUGUCUUAGUCGGGAAGCUCAGCUUAAACUGUCCUCCAUGGGUGGCCCUGCUGGUAUCUGAACACUGGUGGCACAGCUUCCAACAUCACAGCAACACACAAGCCUCCACAGUACGACAAACUGAUAGACACAUGGAGGACCCCAAUUAUAGUAAGGAAAUAUUUUACAUAAAAUUUAGAUAAAUGAGGGAAA